AUGAGAUUUUAGUUUUGCGGAGGAUUAAGCAUUCCUGAAUGGUUCUUAGCAGAAUCAUCCAACUUAGCAAAAAUAACAGCUAUUAAGUUGAAGUUAGUUUUGAAUGCAUUGAUUUAACAUUACUUAGAAGAUGCUGAUAAUUCAGAUUAAUUAGUUAAAACACUAGAAAACUCUGGAUUCAAUUCAUAAGAAAUUAAUGCAAUUAUUGCUUCUUUGGAAUUCAUAAUUAAAAAUUCAGUAUGCUAUGACAUAGAUGAAAAUGUUCUUAGCAAGGAGUUAAUAGAUUUGGGUUUCCCUAAAGAAAAUGUUGAAAUGAUUAUUAAAACUUUUAGAACAUAUAAAGAAAAACUAAAAUUAAAAGAAUUAAAAUCUACACUAAGAAUUUCAAAUGUCCAGGACUUAAAAUAUAGUGUUAAUAAAUUCAUUUUAUCAAAAGAAAAGUAAUUUGUUGAAAAAGAAAACAGAACAAAUGAAUCCCUCUUUUCAAACAUAUAAAUCAAAUAUAAUGAUUAACCAUAAAGAUAAUCAAAAACAGUAGAAUUCGUUGCAUUCCCUUCUAAAUUAGAAGAAUUAAUUUUUGAAUUAGAAAAAGCAUAAUAAAUAUUAAAUAAAUAUUGA